UUGUUGAGGUGAGAUGUGUGGGCGAGGGACGAUGGUGGAGGAGAGAGAUGGCAGCGCGCGCGCGGCUCCACUCUGUCAGGAAAUUCUGACUACAUUAUCAUGCCUUUAACCGCAUAAAAUAUCGCUUUCAUAUUUUGGAUGACUUCGCGGUUUUUAGGCUUUCGAUCAUCACCAGUCUCCAACAUGUCUCUGCCAAGGCGGGAAGUGGAGGAGUUGCGGCCCUGGGUAGAGCGAACAGUGAAGAAGGUCCUGGGCUUCUCUGAGCCCACGGUUGUCACAGCAGCACUGCACUGUGUAGGUAAAGGCCUGGACAAAAGAAAGACCACAGAUCAGCUUCGGCCGUUCCUUGAUGAGUCUGCUGGUGGCUUUGUGGAGCGACUGUUUGAGGCUCUGGAGGAGAGCCGAAGUACACGCGGCAACAAGAGUACUGGAGAGAAGAACCGAAAGAGAGACCUGAAGGAUGUUUUUGGGGAGGAUUCUGAAACUGGAAAAGACCUACCGGUAGCCACUGAAGUAGCACCGAAGAAGAAAAGAGUACCACGUUUCGCAGAGGUGGAAGAGCCAGAAGUGCUACCGGGCCCCCCACCUGAAAGCCCAGGGAUGCUCACAAAGAUGCAGAUAAAGCAGAUGAUGGAGGCAGCAACCAGGCAAAUCGAGGAAAGGAAAAAGCAACUCAGCUUCACAACACCAAAUGUUCCUGUUGCUCCGCCUCGACUGCCAGUCCUGACCAGUCCUCCAUCUGACCCCCCUGCUUCUCGUCUCCUUCCUUCGGUUCAGCCCCCCCUGGCAACUUCCCAGUCCAUCCCUCCUUCCCAGGCAGCCACCUUCAUGAAUGAUGCCAUCGAAAAGGCUCGCAAGGCAGCAGAGCUUCAGGCCCGCAUCCAGUCACAGCUGGCUCUUAAGCCUGGCAUCCUGGGUGCUCUUGGUGCAGGUUCCCACAACUUGGUUGCCCUUGCAAAUCUUCAUGCUAUGGGCAUUGCCCCUCCGAAAGUAGAGGCUCGGGAAGUGACAAAACCAACACCGCUCAUCUUGGAUGAACUUGGUAGGACUGUUGAUGCCAGUGGCAAAGAGGUGGAACUUACACAUCGUAUGCCUACUCUGAAAGCCAACAUCAGAGCAGUGAAGAGGGAACAGUUCCGACAACAGUUGAAGGAGCGUCCGGGAGAUGACCUGGAGUCUACUUCCUACUUUGAUCAUCGAGUAUCAAUUACGCCUGCCCAGCGCGCUCGCAAGAGCUUCAAGUUCCACGAGAAAGGCCGUUUCGAGAAGAUUGCCCAGCGCAUCCGCACCAAGGCACAGCUGGAAAAACUGCAGAUGGAGAUUGCCCAGGCUGCCAAGAAGACAGGCAUCCAUGCUUCAACAAAGCUGGCCUUGAUUGCUCCCAAGAAGGAGCUGGGGGAAGGUGAAGUACCCCACAUUGAGUGGUGGGACUCCUACAUACUGCCCUCCAACAUCGAAAUCUUCUCUUCUACAGUGUUUGAUGAGGUUGAACUGUUUGGUGUUACAAACUUAGUGGAACAUCCAGCUCAGAUGAACCCUCCAGUGGACACAGACAAGCCAGUCACUUUAGGGGUGUAUCUGACUAAGAAGGAGCGGAAGAAACUCAGGCGGCAGACUCGCAGGGAGGCCCAGAAAGAACUGCAGGAGAAAGUCAGACUUGGACUCAUGCCUCCACCAGAACCAAAAGUGCGCAUCUCUAAUCUGAUGAGAGUGUUGGGCACGGAGGCUGUCCAAGACCCCACCAAAGUAGAGGCCCAUGUUAGAGCACAAAUGGCCAAACGACAGAAAGCCCAUGAAGAAGCAAAUGCUGCUCGCAAACUGACUGCAGAGCAGAGGAAAGAGAAGAAAGCAAAGAAACUGAAGGAAGACUUGAGCCACGGGGUACAUAUAGCUGUGUACAGAAUAAGAAACCUGACAAACCCAGCCAAGAAGUUCAAGGUGGAGGCAAAUGCUAGCCAACUAUACCUCACAGGAACAGUAGUCCUGCACAGAGAUGUCAACAUUGUGGUGGUGGAGGGAGGCCCCAAAGCCCAAAAGAAGUUCAAAAAGCUCAUGCUCAGUAGAAUUAAGUGGGAGGAACCAACCAACUCCAAAAGAGAUGACCCAGAAGGAUCAGAUGAUGAAGGAAUGAAGAAGAAGAACAAGUGCACUCUGGUCUGGGAGGGCACAGCAAAAGAGCGCAGCUUCGGGGAGGUGAAGUUCAAGCAGUGCCCAACGGAGAACAUGGCAAGAGAGCACUUCAAGAAGCAUGGCACGGAGCACUACUGGGACAUGGCUCUGAGCCAGAGUGUUCUGGAGUCUGCGGACGACUGAAAGGCUAUGGAGUGCCUUGCAGGCCAGCUGAGUUGGUGGCAGUCUGCACACCUUGGGUUCUCUGACUGACAUCAGUGUGUGCACACAUGUUUUGGUGUAACUGGCAGGAGCCAGGGUUAUUGCAGAGAACAUUGAGGAGCACAGUCAUCAAGGAACUGCAUAAAGGCUGCUUCCCCCUCUUCUUUGACCCCAGUAUGUUGGGUGUUAACAUGUUUGAGAACACAUACUUCAGAAUGGGCUUCUAUGUCAGUGACUGUGUACUUGAUUCUCUGGCAUUAUAGAUGUCCUUCUGUCAGCUGUUUCCACAGUGUGGUGCACUAUGUGCCUGCCUGUCUGAUUGUUACUCUGCUGCUCUGGCACUGAUGUGUUUCCCCCCCCCCUUACUGCUCUUAGUUGCAGUUUGUUGGUUUAGUCACAAUGUGGCGCCACUUCCAUUUAACAGUGUAAUAGACAAGACUCGUUCAGGUGUAAUGUUUCUAUUUUUUGCUCUCUGCUUCACUGUAUUAUAAAGAAUUGGAAUAUCUUUCUAUUUCCCGUGAUGUACUGUACUAGCAGGAAAAUAUUGUAAAGUUGCAUGACUUCAUUGAGACAUACCUUUGUUCUUGUUUUUUAAUUUUAAAUUUAAUUUCACCUAGGACCAUCCCUCAAAUGCAGAACCUCUAUCACAGGGAUAAUUAUCAUUAGUGUAAAUUGAACAAGAUGGAGUUAAAAGCGUGGAAAAUAGAUAAUGCAGCAGCUGUACGUUUUUUUUUUUUAUUGUGAAACAAAUUGUAUUUACAGUUCAAAUUGUAUCCCUCCUUCACAGUAAUGCAUGAGGUCCCACUGCUAUACAAGUGUAUAUACUACAGUA